AUGCUGUGGUAUCAGAUCCGUGAGUCUCAGGAUGCAGAUUACUCUGCUGUGAGGACGAUAUACUCCACUGGGGUCGGAUCGCAUGUUUGAACUGUUCUUCUGACAUUGAAACAACCAUGGAUUCCAGCUAUGCUGUGUCUUCUCACUUAUAUCCUCUCCGGCUUGAUCCUGACAUGCAUGUUGUAUGUUGGAGGGGUUAUGCCAGCUUCUCGGCUGGCAGUGCAGUAUAUUUUUGAGCAGGGGAUUCAGCUUGGGCUCCGAGAGGAUCUGUUGGACAUCAGGAACUCCUUCAUGCAGCCUGGAAGCAGGAGCUGCUUUUGUGUUGCAGAACUGAAAGGGUCUAUUGUCGGGACGGUGGGCAUUUUGCCCUGUGAGGAGGAGCCAGGUGCUUGGGAACUAAAAAGGAUUUCUGUGAAAAAUAGUCUUUGUAAAACUGCUUUGGAAUUUGUUGCCAGACAUAAUGUGAAGAGAGUGGUGCUUUUCAUCCAAACUGAUGCUCAUAAGCUGUAUGACAGCAUUGGGUUUAAAAGGAGAAGGAAGGAGUUAGUUUGGCCAUCACUCCUGGCCAGGCUGAUCAAUUUCAUGGUGUUUAAAUAUGUACACAGAAAUGGUGGUGUCAUGUCAUGCUAG